UCGCGGCCGUGAACUCAAACUUCGGAAACUUUUGCCGUAUUGUGUUUACAUUGAACUUUGUUAUGUGGGUUAAAGUUAAGCCAGAGUUCAACAACGUAUGUGGCAUUUUACUCGAUUGCAAAGUUGACUCUCAAGUUUGUAUCGAUUUUCAUCUUACGUUUAUCAGAUGUUUCUAGGUCACCACACCAUCGAUCUCUAACUAUAAUUUGAAAAACACUUCACUUCUAUGUCUUCUUCGUGUUAGAAUUAUGUGUGGUCACUAUCAGCGAUACGGCCGCGGUUAGAUUGGAAAAAUUAAAAACUGAUGCAAUAAAUAGAAUUGGCGGAGCCGCACCCUCAACAUACUCGUAGCACCAAUAAGUAUGGAUGCCAAUAAAGUUGGACUCGUUCAUUGAAUCACAAUAUUAUUUAUAUCAAUCUACUUGUCGGGAAUCACCUGUCACUACAUUUACAGUAUAAAGUAAACUUGUCUUGCAUAAUACUCUUUCAAUAAUUGGCAACACUGAAACAAAAGGUCAAUAUUUGACAAAUGGCUGAGCUAUCUGUCACUUUCGUUCGGUGCAACAGAAGGGAUAAACAAGCCAUAACAUAAAUUAUUUAUUUACCUACUAUAAAAUACUAUAAAUAAUGGAUGUUAUAUGUAGAUUAUGUUGCUCUACAAAAUUUGUAAAUAAUGAUAUUUUUGAUGAAGAGAAUGCAUUAUAUUUAAAAAUGUCGCUGUAUUUGCCGAUUAAGGUGUUCAAAAAUGAUCGACUGCCUCAGAAGAUUUGUGAUAAGUGCAGUUGUAAAGUGAAUGAUAUUUAUCAAUUCUGUAAUGAAACUAUUGAAGUUCAAAACAGAUUAAGAAGUAUGUUGCCACCCAACGUUGAAGUUGACAAUUCAUUAGACCUUACUUUAAUAAAACACAACAGCAGCUCACCCCCACCUCCCACCUGCUGUGAACAGAGCACACAGACUGAUGACAAUGUUACACCCCCUCCGGUUAAUAACACCACUACCACCACUACUAGUACAGACAAUCUCAUUAAGGUUAAAGAAGAGCCAAAACCUCCUACACCUCCACCAGUCAAAAUAGAAGACUCAUGUGUAGAUUCUGACAAUUAUAAUGAUGCCUCCAACGAUAUGGCUGAUGUACCAUCUGAUAAUAGUGAUGAUAUGUCAUUAAUAACUCUGAAGAGAAAGAAAAAGGGCAGAAAUGUCGAAACUAAUGGUCAGGUCACAGAGAAAAGAGGGAGGAAGAAGAAACCUAAACAGAAAGAGUGGGAGAUGCUUAUAAAUGCUCUGCCUCAAAGCACGGCAUUAACAAUGGUGAACGAGGAUAAAGAAUCAAUGAAGUUAAAUGUAGUGAAGCAGGAGAUUGAGGGGCGGGAUAUUGCAGUGUCACUGGAAGUAAAAAGAGAGCCGGAUAUGAAUGUUUAUAAUUGUUGCAUAUGUUUCACACAGUGUUACAGUCGAAUUGAAAUGUUGCAGCACUACAGGCAGCAUGUGACAGAGACUGAGAACUGGGCGGAGGCGCCAGCCGCGCCGCCGCCGCCCGACCAGGAACCUCUGCGGUGCGUGCGCUGCAGGAAGGUGCUGGCGCGCGGCGAGUGGGCGGCGCACUGGCGGCGGCACUGGGAGCGCGACCGCCGCCCCUACCGCUGCGCGCUCUGCGAGAAGACCUUCCGCGACCCGCACCAGAUCCUCAAGCACGGUCUCACACACAAGAUGGGCGAAGACGGGUCAGACUCUGCACAGCCUCUCACGAAGCGAUUUGUUUGUGAUCUUUGCCCUGAAGGUUUUGUAUAUAUGAGGUACCUGCUGGGCCACCGGCUGGCCGCGCACCCCGAGGCGGCCGGCCGCGCGCUGCUGCUGCGCUGCGCGGCGUGCGGCCGCCAGUUCGCGCACCUCAACUCGCUGCGCCGCCACCUGCGCGCGCACUCGGGCGAGCGCAACUUCCUCUGCAACGUCUGCGGCAAGGCGCUGUCCUCGCGCGAGCACCUCAAGUUCCACAUCCGCAUCCACACCGGCUACAAGCCCAACGUCUGCAAGACUUGCGGCAAGGGCUUCGUGAAGAAGUGCAACCUGACGCUGCACGAGCGCGUGCACUCGGGCGAGAAGCCGCACGUGUGCUCGCACUGCGGCAAGGCGUUCAGUCAGCGCUCCACGCUUGUCAUACACGAACGGUACCACAGCGGGGCGCGGCCGUACGUGUGCGGGCUGUGCGGGCGCGGCUUCGUGGCCAAGGGGCUGCUGUCCAUGCACCUCAAGACCACCUGCAUCUAGCGUACACGCGCGCACGCAUUCGCACGGUAACCGUGGCGCAGCUGAAGCUCGCCGCGCCCUCAGACUGAACUAGUUACUAACGUGUAGGUAUUACUUGAAUGUCAUCACAAACAGAUGAAUGUGAUAUGUAAUUAUAAACAAUACGGAACCAGGGAUUUUUAUUGUAUACAAAGUUGUGUUUACGCGGUUAUUUAUUGCGGUCAAGUUCCCCAUUCCAGUGCUGCAGGCCGGUCUUAUUAUUUUUAUUACUCGCAACUCGCCCAUUGUUUAUUAGAGAACAUUUUUGCUAAUAUUGUGUUGUACGGUGCUGUAUAUUGAUGCAAAUCUUUCGGGCAUUCGUUUUCUCAAAGUGACGUUGAAAAAUUGACAUGUAAAUAUGCCUUAAUAAUUAUUGAUUUGUUUUUCCGUAAUAGUGACAUCUGUAUUAUUUUAAUGUAACUAAAAAUAGCGCCAUCUUUGGGAGAGGUCGUUAAACUAUAAUGUAAUAAUUGAUCCAAUAAUGAUUUUGAGGCGCAACUUGAAUGUUAUAUACAGUGUUUGCUAUAUUGUUACCUUGCACAGUAAGUAUACGUAGUGUCGACCAAAGAAAUGUAUACAUUAUAGUAAAUAAACUGAAUUGAAUGAAAAACACAAUAAAUAUACAAGGUAAGGUUAUUAAAAAUAUAGGGUGUAACACUCAAAUCUAGCGACAGUAAUCGAGAAAUGUUCCUGUAGACAAUUACCAAAGGAAUCCAUCGAUAUAUACGUUUUCGCUGCCGCAUGCAUGAUAAAUUCAAAUUCAAAAAUCAUUUAUUCAUGUAGGACAUUUUAGCCG